GGAAGUGACGAAAGCAGCCGAGGAGGUCACUUCCUGCUGGGGUGGAUGAGGAGGAGCUGGAGACGCCGCCGAGGAGACCGGACCGAAGACGGACCGUGCCGGGGAGAGCAGGAGGGUGAAAAUGAAAGCGGGCUGUAGCAUCGUGGAAAAGCCUGAAGGAGGUGGAGGGUAUCAGUUUCCUGAUUGGGCCUAUAAAACAGAGUCGUCCCCGGGCUCCCGGCAGAUCCAGCUGUGGCACUUCAUCCUGGAGCUGCUGCAGAAGGAAGAGUUCCGCCAUGUCAUCGCCUGGCAGCAGGGAGAGUACGGGGAAUUUGUCAUCAAGGAUCCAGAUGAGGUGGCCCGCCUCUGGGGCCGCAGGAAGUGCAAACCACAGAUGAAUUAUGACAAGCUGAGCCGGGCCCUCAGAUACUAUUACAACAAGAGGAUCCUUCAUAAAACAAAAGGGAAAAGGUUUACUUAUAAAUUUAACUUCAGCAAACUGGUGAUGCCCAACUACCCAUUCAUCAACAUUCGGUCAAGUGGUGUGGUUCCCCAGAGUGCGCCACCAGUGCCAACAGCCUCUUCCCGGUUCCAUUUCCCACCUUUGGACGCCCAUUCUCCAACUAGCGAUGUGCAGCCAGGGCGGUUCUCUACUAGCUCCCUAACUACGUCUGGCCAGGAGUCGGGUAAUGGCCCUGAUAGAAAGGUGGAGCUUUCGGAGCUGGAGGAUGGCUCAGCCGCUGACUGGCGCCGGGGCGUGGAUCUCAUGUCUUCCCGGAAUGCUGUUGGUGGAGGAGGGAUCAGCCAUCAGAAACGCAAGCCUGACAUAAUGCUUCCUCUGUUCACUAGGCCGGGGAUGUACCCCGACCCCCACAGUCCCUUCGCUGUCUCUCCAAUCCCUGGCCGUGGAGGUGUCCUUAAUGUCCCCAUUUCACCAGCCCUCUCCCUGACUCCCACCAUCUUCUCCUAUAGCCCAUCACCAGGCCUGAGCCCCUUCACCAACAGCAGUUGCUUUUCCUUCAACCCUGAGGAAAUGAAACACUACCUUCAUUCUCAAGCGUGUUCUGUGUUCAACUACCAUCUGAGUCCCCGGACAUUUCCUCGUUACCCAGGGCUCAUGGUUCCACCACUGCAGUGCCAAAUGCAUCCUGAGGAGUCAACCCAGUUUUCUAUCAAGCUGCAGCCCCCGCCAGUUGGGCGGAAGAACCGGGAGAGGGUGGAGAGCAGCGAGGAGUCAGCACCUGUCACAGCUCCCACCAUGGCGCCUGUCCCCCCGAGAAUUAAGGUGGAGCCAGCCUCUGAAAAGGAUCCUGAGAGUCUCAGGCAGUCAGCACGAGAGAAGGAGGAACGCUCUCCGGAAGAGGGCGCUGUGCCAAGCAGGACCAUAGAAGAGGAGAAAAGCCCCGUCUUUGCCCGCCCAGCUGCACCGCCCUCCUGGCUCUCUGUACCCAGCACCCCAAGUGAAGACCCCCUAGAGGUGACUGAAGACAGUGAGGACAGGCCUGGCAAAGAGCCCAGUGCACCCGAGAAGAAAGAAGACGCCCUGAUGCCCCCCAAGCUUCGGUUGAAGCGGCGCUGGAAUGAUGACCCUGAAGCCCGAGAGCUGAGUAAGAACGGCAAGUUCCUCUGGAAUGGGGCAGGACCCCGGGGCUUGGCAACAGCAGCUGCUGAUGCUUAGAACUGGAAGUGGAUUGGGCGUUGUUUAUACUAUAAUCAAAUACAUACAUGUAUUUAUGUAGCAAGAUUUCAGGGUGGGGGGAGGGGGAGGGAAUUAGACUGGUUUGAUCAUUCUAGGGGCAUAGACUUGUAUUUUUAUGUUUUGGGGAUGGGGUGGGGUAUCUUCUGUUGUAAAUUAGGUGGGAUGUGAACACAGUUUUUUUUCCUGGUGAGUAAGACAUGGGAAGGGUAUUGACCUGAAGGAGAAGAGCCUCUAUUUCCUGUUGAGGCUUACACUUUUUGACAAACCCCCAAAGGGCCAAGAUACUGUUUGGUCCCAUGAUAGUUCAGGUUCCAGGCUUCUUUCUUUUCUAUUGUAUUUAUAUAUGGAAAGCCAUUAAUGAAUUUAUUUUACUCUGAGAGAGAACAAAGGGAAAAGGACAUGGUUGGGAGGUCGAGCAGUGAGAGACCAUUAAUACUAAAUAUUUUGCCUAAGAUGUUUCUUUAUAAUUAUUUCAGGGGAGGAAUAAGAUAAUCUCAGUCUUACUGGGGCAGAGGGAUGUUCAGAUGUUGCUCUUUUUCUUUUUUCCUUUGUUGUUGCUGUUAUUUGGCAUUUUUUCUUUUCCUUUCUGAAAAAAUGUUUUCGGGAAACAUGAAACGUACUGCCAGUUAGAGUGGGGCUGGGCAGGCUCAGGCACUGAGCCUCGGCUGCGUGGUUGGGACAGGAAGCCCUGCUGUGACUUUCUUGGACUUUUCACGUACUUCACCUAUUAAGAAGCCAUGAGGAGUUGUAAACUCUUGUUCAGGGAAGAAAGAAGAGGGCAGGAGGAAGUAACCCAAUGCCUUUAAAAACAAAAACACAAAAAUGAUCUUCAUUUUUCCUUUUCCAUCGUGGGUUUGGGGAGCCAAACCAAAGUGACUGUGAGCAAGUUCACUGAGAGGCAUGACAGCGUUGAAGAUGUCUUUCCAUUGUGUCUGGUUCUCUUAUCGUUUUCUUAAGUCAAGCCUUAACAAUGAACAUACUUUAACAUGAUACGGGUCUGUCAACAUAAACCUGUAAAAGGGCGUGGACAACUUUUCAGAUAAUCGGGGAAUGUCGAAACAUGGUUAAAUUUCAAGCUGGUAUUUAGUUGUCUCCUCUUAAUGUUACUGGGAUGGGUAGCAAAAAGGAUUAUGGGAGUUAAUGAUGGGAGCAGAUGAUACCUGGAAACACAGAAGGUAGGUGGGGGUACCACUGGAUGUUACUGAGACUGAAGGAAGAGGUGGGCAGGAGACAGAAGGUGGCUGGAUCCCCAAGGCCUAGUGUGAAUGCAGGGGCUGCUGUCUGUCCUGUUGUCAUGUUGCCCUUCUUACCAUGCCUGUCCCUAGAUUGUUCUCAUUCUCAUGAUCAAGUGACUAUCAUACAUGAGACCCCAGUUUACAGAUAGAGGAAUUGUUUCUUCAUGGGAAAUUCCCUUCCAUCAACUUCAAAGGAAUGGGCAAGUGUUGAUCUUACAUGAAGCAAAAGGAGCGUGGACUCGGGGCAGAGAGAGAGAAUCCACAGCCAGCUGUCUGUGCAUGUGCACAUGUAACUACCUAGUGUACGGAAGUACCUAACUGGCUCACAUCCACAGGGCAGCAAAGAGAAGAAAUAACUCCGUAUCUGAUAGGGGCAAGAAGUGGGCAUGGGGAUGCUGUCUAGGAAUUGGAGGAAUUCCUAACUCCACCUUAGCCUAAGUGAACUCUAAGUACUAAGAAGUAUGUGAGGGUUGACUUUUAAUGGUGGGGUGGGAAUUCUUUUUUAGCUGGAGUAUUUGCAUGAGAGGGGCUCAGGAAAGGUUCGAGUAGGUGAGUGAGUUAUUAGAUGGCUUGGGAUGACUUGAGUCCAUCAUGCUAUUUUUUGGCAAGUGUCCUCUCCCUUAUUUGAUUCAAACUCCAUGAGUGACUUGUCUUUCCCUGGGAAAGGGAUUGGGAGAGUGGUCCCUAGCAACUCAAGCUUUGAUCAAGCUGCCUUUGGUUGGUUGUGUUUGUGUCAGUGUCUUUCUCUGCGCCUCGCCUUACCUCGAAUCAGAAAGCAAGCCUGGGCAGGUGGAGGAGGAGUGUCUGCUUGGCAUUGCCCUAUCUAACCAGGGAGGCUGGCUGGCCGCCCUCUCUGUCCACUGGAGGGGAGGGCCAGCAGGUAUCGGUAUGAACUCAGGAAUAGAAACACGAGGCCUUUAAAAUAAGAGGGAGAGAAAUCCAUGAUGCGUACCUGUAACCCCCUAGAACCCAAGUGCCAGAAUUAAUUCCUAGAUGCUGCUUUUGUUUGAACAAAAAGUCACUGCUUUUACACUUGAAAAAACACACUCAAAAAAAUGUUCAACUCCAUGAAAAAUGUUUUUUGGCUUUAAGAAAUUGUUUGGUGUUUAACUGUUUCCUUUGAUUUCCAUUCCACCAGUAAAUUGUUGGUUGAUUUGCACUGCACACUGGGGUUGGGGUUGGAGGGAGGGUCCUCAUACAGAGCCGAACUUGGGCUUCCUCAGGACGUGGACCAGGGAAUGUGGAGGUCGUUGGUAUUUCCUGGGGUAAGGGUGGGAGGUAGUUUUUCUCCCCCUAGUCCACUCCUGGCAGCACCUGUCACCAACCUGGCACAAAGCCAGGCCUUUCUCCUGUGAGCAUCUCAUCGCUGUCCAACAGCAGGUGGAAAGGGGGGACAAAAUCAGACCUAUUUUUUCUCCCCUACUUUUUCCAAAUUUUGCUGCGCCAAAUAUUUAAAACUGCUAAUAUAAAUCUUAAAAUUUCAUUAAUUAAUGAAGAACUUGUUCAUGCCGUUUGCUUUGUUGACUAUGGAAAAGAAAGUAGUAGAGAUCUCUUAAGGGCAUCCAGCCUUAUUGAGUUUUUUUUUUUUCAAGAACGGCUAGGAGUGAAAUAAACAAUUCACCAAGUCCUUUCACCCCCAGUUUUCAAGCUGCACUGCAUUAAACCCAACUCGCUAACUAAUACAGGGAAUUAUUGCACCGUAGUCCUCCAUGGGCCAAGAAACUUCCAGAAGCAUUAAAAAAAAUAAAAAGUUGAAGUAUAUCACUUCUCACCAAGCGGGUAGAGUCAGUUGGCUGUUUGUCCCUUGUUUUUUAUUUAUUCCAUAAUUAUGUUUGUGCUUUUUGUUUUGUAAACAGUAAUGGAACACACAUUUUGAUUUUGUUCAAAAGAAAAAGAACUUUAUCCAGUCUUUCAAGAACUGUUCAUUUCUUUUUGCUGAAAAAAAAGAGUUACCAGUUAAUUUGUUUUGAAAUAUUUAGAAAUUCUUCGAGUUAUGAAAUUGUGAUGCAGGGAUUCAUGAGUGAGACAUUCACAUGUGAAAGAUGACUUCACUUAGCCGCUUAAGCAGAGUAAAGUGUGUAUAUGUACAUAAAAUGUAAGUAA